AACUCUCUCACUUCUCUGCUUCCCGUUCCUCGCCGUCGUCCUCGACAUCCUCUACAUCUCCUUCUAGUUUAUAUCUACUCCGUUCACGACUUCAACAUGUUCGCUAGAAUCGCUGCUCUUGCCACCUUCGCUAUCCCUCUCGUGUCUGCACUGACACUCAACACACCGACGGGUGUUUCGGUUGGCGGCUUGGUCAAUGUCACUUGGGAGGCAACAACUUCCGAUCCCAGUUCGUUCAGUCUUUACAUGGUGAACACCAUCUUCCACAACACAUUCGCCAUCGGAAACAACGUGCAAAGCUCGGCGGGUAUCAUAACUCUUACGCUGCCCCAGGUCCCCGUUGGUGACGGUUACACCCUCGAAGCUACUAGCAACAGCAACAUCAACACUGUCUACGCACAAAGUGGUGACUUUGCUGUUUCCGCACAGUCGAGUGCCACACUGCCGUCGACAUCCACCACGUCGACGAGCUCGAGCACGGGUACGGGCCUUUCCACAGCACCGACGGUGGCUCCUACAACCACCGCUCCUGCUACCACAGCACAGACCAGCUCAUCCGCAUCUGCUUCACCUUCGCCCAUCAACAGCAGUGGUGCUACAUCGCUUAUCAAGAUCGGCAUGGGCCCCGCUGCCGUUGUCCUACUCUCUGCAGCAGCUGGCGCAGCUAUCAUGUUCUAAUCUGGCCUCCCUAAACCAAAAAUUCCUCUCAGCAUGCCUGAAAUUUACAUUUAAUUUCGUUUUUGGCUUUGGGAUUUGACAUGUUCUACAUACCCUGGCUUCAGUUUUUGGUCGUUAGGAACACUACCUUAUUUUGUAGUUGCAGUUGCACUUGGACAUAUUUUGUCGGUUUUUUUAUGGACAACAGACAGUCAUUGGGACAAUACGAAUGCAUGGUUUACCGAGUUUGUUAGGGCGUGAGGUGAUGUUGGGUUGGUCCAAGUCAUUUGACACGCUCUUUCGCAUAUACAUAGCAGUCAUACCAAAGCGUUUUAACGACGCUUAAGGACACUUCUUGAACUCAAUCUGGUGUAACUGCCCUU